AUGACGAUGCCGGCUUCAUCCCAGCAUCCUGAGCACGCGCCGUCUGCUCUCAACCCCAGCAACUCGAGGCGCAGCUUCACACUGCCCGCGCGCACUGCACGGAGGACUACGUCGGUGCCUGCACCGUCUGCCAGCAGCGCAGAUGGCAUAGAGACACUGUUCGUGUGUGCCAAUUCCAAGAUCUUCUCCUUCACAACAGCUGGGCCCGCUCGGCGCCUGUCACCUUCCCGCUCAGGUGACGCAGCGCAUCCGAUACCAUGGAAGACGCCCACAGAGCGCACACUCGCAGUCGGCGCUCUCCGUAUCUAUCGUGUGACAGCCUCCAACGUCUCCUUCCUGAACAGCGGCAACCUCCUGCACACCAUCUUUCCCAGGUCUCAGAUAUGGCUUGUCGACAAUCAGUCCGUCUUCGUACUGCGCGUACGCCAGGACUCGUACUAUCGCAUCGAGCUCCCCUAUGAGACGGACGAUGACAAGGACAAGAUCACGCAAUUCAAGUCGGUAUUGGCUCAAGUCAUGCAGUACGAGAGAACCCAAUGCCCGUUUGCGCGAGGCUUCGAGGUUGUCGCAGAGCUCGAGCGCCCAAAGAGCCCCCCACGCAAGACGAUCAAGAGGAAGCCCUCAGGGCAGGCAAAGAAGUGGGUCAUGGACAAGACCUGGGUUCCGCAGCAACAUGGUUCACGGCCUUCUACUGCUGGUACUAUGAGCUCAGAGACUGGUACCACUUCUUCAAAUGAAGAGGACGACCGGUCGAGCGUCUGUACUGACAGCAGCGAAAUAGUGCCGGCCGCACCCGAGACCCCUUUGGCGAGAACAGCACCGAAGCCCCUCCUAUCCAGAUCUCCUCAACGUCGCCCCUCGGUAGCGGAACGCGCCAGCAUGUUUCAAGGCCUGCGGUCAGUUACGGCGCCCAUCCGAGCGCCCAGGAGAGAAUCGGUAUCGGCCAUGGAACGUAUAGUCGAGUCUCCAGCAGCAAAGCAACCCACCGAGGCUGAAAAACCCAUACUGGAACGCCAGAUCUCGGAUGCCUUGAGUCUGGCCUCAAGCGCAGACUCGUUCUACUCUCUGGAUACUGCUACUCCACGAAGUCCUUCUCCCAAGUUCCUCGAUGCCGAGGCUGAUAUCGUGAACCCAUGGGCACAAGUCUUUUCCAAGCAGCAAGAUGAGCCCAGGGGCCGUUCGAUACACCGACGUCAGAUAUCUGAGGUUACUGUCCGCGGCCCAUCCACCGAGCGUACUGAUGCAUCCGCACCUGUGACUCCUACUGCCCCAUACUAUCCGUCCGCGGUGACCUCGAUCGAUGGACGACCGUCAUCAGCGCCUUCGACACCACCGCUAAUGAGCGAUUCCGACGACGACAGCCUCGGGCGUGCUAGCAUAGACAUACCUACACCACCGGAUGCCAUCCGCAUGAGGAAGCUCACAGGUGCUUCACAAAGGCGUGCCUUCUCUCCUAUGCCUCCGGCGCAGAACCUUUUCUGUCCACCCAAGCACAACCCAGGAAGAGACUUCACAAAUGCCUUGGUGAGCAAGACGUGUGAGCUUGUUCUGGGGCCGCCCGCACACCUGGUAUCCGUCAUGCUUCGUAUUGCUACGAGCAUCUCAAAUGGGUUCGGUUUUAUCACAUACCGCGUACGCCGUGCUGAGAAGAUUCCAUGCGCUUGGGAGUCAGAUGAUGAUGCUGACUGGGCUGAAGAAGACGACUUCGGCAUCCCGCUCAACAACAUCGGGACCCCGGCAAUGCGUCGACAGACGUUCUCGGGCGAACUUGACUGA